AUGUUCCAUCCCACCCGCCGAUUAGCCCAGGGCGGGUUCUUCAGACGAAGUGCCGAUGAAUUCGGCCGUCUAUCAAAGAUUGCCUGGAACACAGAAGCCCUGCACACCCCUACCAAACCUUAUACCCUCCUCAAUUUCGAAGAUGAAAGCACCGUGACAGGAUGCAAGACCAUGGCCGACCGUGCCGUCGGAGGCUUCAGCACAGCCACCCUAGACUUCGAACCCGCCGAACCUUCCUCGAAUACUCCCUCGCAUGCUCGCUUCCACGGUAGCAUCUCAACUAAACUUCCAGAUAAUUGGCGCGUUGAAAGGACCGGCUACGCCGCGUUCCGCAACCAAGACCGGGGCUACUGGCUCUUCGGCAAGCUUUUCUGGGAUGUCGAUCCCUAUGCGUAUCUCGCGCUGCGCAUCAAGUCCGAUGGCCGGCGAUACACCGUUAACGUGCAGACCGAUGCCGUUGUCGAGACCGAUAUCCACCAACACAGAUUAUACACGCGACACCACCGUGUGCGCGACGCAGAAGCCACCUCCGAGGAUGCAUAUAGCUUCCAGGCUGACACACCCGAUGCCGCUGAGGAUUUGUAUCCAGGCGGCAUGCCUGCCGCGCUCUCAGACGUCCCGCCCGAAUCGACAAUCAUUUCAACCUUUACCAGCACAACGACUUCGGGCACGGAUGGGUGGGAGACCGUACUAUUGCCAUUCAACUCGUUUGUACGAACGAACCACGGAUUCGUUAUUGAGCCACAGACCUCUUUGACUCGGCAGCGGGUUAAGAGUAUUGGUAUUGGUCUCACGGACCGUGUUGAGGGACCCUUUGAUCUGCGCAUUCACAAGAUCUGGGCGACGAAUGGAAUUAGUGAGGCGGAGGUUGAAGAGGAGCGUCGCAUUUGUGGGGCUAACGCGCUGCCUCUUGAUGAGGGUGUCCAGUCUGGUUGGACUGAUACGCCCAAGCAAACUCCCAUUAAGAAAGAGAACAAGCAGCAGACCCGGGAUUCAAAUGCCAAAGGUCUCAAGGGCUUGAAGUCUGAGUGGGAGGAAUAA